ACAUGGCCUGUUGGGGGUACUUUGACUGAGGUUGAGAACCACUGGCCUUCUGAAGGGAUUAAUAUUUUGCUGCCUUUCCCUGGUGUGUUUGCACUGCAGGCUUUCUCUGGGGUCCAGCCUCCCUCCCAUGUUAUAUAAGGAAAAAGUCCAGGUCUGGAUCUGGGGGGAAUGUGGAGUUCAAGGGAACAAGACCGGCAUGGGUGGCACAUGUAAGCUAAAGGCUUGCUGGGACCUGUGAUCUGUGCUGGAACACUGAUUCACUAGCAGGACAUGGACGUCUCUGUUUGAGCAUUUGAAGUAUGGACUUUUACCAAAGAGGCUUCAUCUGUGCAGGUGGUAUCGGAGGAUUGGAUGGAUUAAUGAGAUCCGGCCCACAAAUGGGAUGUCCCGAGAAGAAGAAGCGCAAGGCCAGUGGACAGGGAUCCUCACUUCCUCCCCAAUCGGAGUUUGCUCCCCCAACAAAUACAAGCUCGGAUCACCUCAUCGCCAGCAAUCCAUUCGAUGAUGACUAUAGUAUACCUCCUAUUUCAAGUUACACUUAUUUUGGUAAACUUGGAUAUUCCAACAUUGAAAGCUUUAAUACUUUCAGGAUGCCUCCAAAUACCUCACCAAAAAGGCCUUCCCGCAAUGUUGGCAACCAGAUGUUAAGAGAUCAGCAACCACCUUUUACAAAAGACCCAAGGGUGAUGGGGAAAUCCUUUCCCUUUAAUUUGGGAGCGCAAGAGAAAUCCAGUUUUGAAAGCGAGUCAUUUUUUUACAGUGGGUUAGGACAAACGAUCACAAUGCCCGGACAGCACUUUAGAGCCAACCAGAAUGAUGAAGACCUCCAUCGUAUGAUGAGUCUAAAUUCUGCUCCAAGAAAUGACUUUCAGCUUGCUUCUUACAGGCCCCAAGGUGUUAAAAUGAAUGUCAUUCAAAUUGACAGCAAUAGUUCAUUUAAUCCUGCCCAACCACACUUCAUGCCUUCAAGAAUACCCGGCUCCAACCAAGGUUCAGUUCUUGUAUCCAAUAACAAUUUGAGAUCUGCUGGACUUCAUGACAAGCUAAAUCUGGAUAUACACUCUCGCCCUAUAUCAAGCCCAAACAAUAUUCGGGGUCCAGAACAUUUUCAACCCGAUGUUGUAGACCUUUCUGAUUGUGUCCAGAUUAAUGGAAUGCGUAACAGACCGGCACUUUCCAGACUGGCAAAGACAGAUGUAACCCCUAGUGAGAAAUGCAAUAGGUGGCUUCUCCAUUCUGACUUUUGUGGUACUUUGUCAACAGAUAAUUUGCACCCGUGUGGCAUAUGUUCUGUCGAAGUAAAUAAUAUUGCGGAUGCAAUAAUGUGUGAAGCCUCUUGUCGGAAGUGGUUUCACCGAACAUGUACAGGGAUGACGGAGAUGGCCUAUGCUCUACUUCGUGCGGAGCCCUCUGCUAUUUGGGGCUGUGAUACCUGUAUGUCAAAGAAAGAUAUUCAGCUAGUGCGCACCAACAAGUAGAUCAAAUCAUUAACCCUUUAUUUUUUCAUUAUUCUCUUCCAAUAAGCAAGACGGGUACAAGGUAAUCAACUCCUGUAUAGUGUGCUGUAAACCAGAGCAAUGAACCCAAAGCUACAGGCUGUUUGUACCUGACAUUGCAAAAACUGCUCUAUCAGCAGUAGAUCAAGAUUAAUCAUUGCUCCUUUUUUCAUGCCGAAGAACAGAAGCAGAAUCUAUUGUAUCAAAUUCAUGAAAAUUGACAUUUGUGGUUCUAUCCAGAUUUUUGGAGUUCUCUUGCACUAAAUGGAUUUUCCUUUUUUAUUAGAGGGCUGCUUACAAAGACAGUUCAAACACGUAGACCUCAAAGGAACUUGGUUAUAUUCUACUGAAAAAACCUUUAUGUUGUUGGGAAUGAUACGGUUAUGCAGAAGGUUAAUACUAGAGAUUGUAUAUUUUUUAAGAGUGGCACUUAGUACACAAUCCCUUUUGAAUGUGAGUUCUGAGUAAAAAAAGAAAGUCUUGAAUAUUUAUAAAAAAACAAAAAUGGCACUUUGAAUUAACUUCUUGAUUUUUAGAUAUUUUGUGAAACUGGUUUAUAUAGUAGCAUCGCCUAUAUUUCAAAAAUAAGUGCCUUUUUAUUUCCAAGAUGUACUGUAACAAACUUCACAAAAAUCAAGCCUGCCAAUAAAUUACAAAAGUGUAAUUUUGAACAGACUAUAUGCAAUAAAGACCAAAUAUCUAGAA